CAGUGACAGCAAGUAGCUGAGAAGUGAGAACUGAAGAAGAGAGAAAUGUCGAAGCAGGGUGAGGUCGUAUGCGUCACCGGUGGAAGCGGCUGCAUCGGAUCAUGGGUCGUCCGCCUCCUCCUCGACCGCGGCUACACCGUCCACGCCACCGUCAAAGACCUCAAGGACGACGGCGAGACGAAGCAUCUAGAAGCCCUAGAAGGAGCCCAAACGCGCCUCCGCCUCUUCCAGAUCGACCUCCUCGACUACGAUUCCAUCUCCGCCGCAGUCCACGGCUGCUCCGGCGUCUUCCACCUCGCCUCUCCUUGCAUCGUCGACCAAGUCCAUGACCCCGAGAAGGAGCUUUUGGACCCGGCGAUUAAAGGAACCCUGAAUGUUCUAACGGCGGCUAACCAGGCCGGCGUGAAGCGCGUGGUGCUCACGUCCUCCAUCUCGGCCAUCACUCCCAGCCCUACUUGGCCGGCCGAUGUCGUCAAGAGAGAGGAUUGCUGGACUGAUGUUGAGUACUGCAAGCAGAAAGGACUGUGGUAUCCUUUAUCGAAAACUCUGGCGGAGAAAGCUGCGUGGGAAUUUGCCGAGGAGAAGGGGUUGGAUGUGGUUGUGGUGAAUCCGGGGACGGUGAUGGGUGAUGUUAUAUCGCCGAGGCUCAAUGCUAGCAUGUUGAUGCUUGUUCGCCUUCUUGAAGGCUGCACUGAAACAUAUGAGAACUUCUUUAUGGGAUCUGUGCAUUUUAAAGAUGUAGCUCUAGCACACGUUUUAGUUUACGAGAACAAAUCGGCCACUGGUAGGCACUUGUGCGUUGAGGCAAUAUCACAUUAUGGUGAUUUUGUGUCAAAGGUAGCUGAACUUUAUCCCGAGUACAAGAUUCCCAGUUUGCCAAAGGACACACAGCCUGGGUUGUUGAGGGAAAAGACUGGAGCGAAAAAGCUAAUGGACUUAGGUAUAGACUUCAUUCCCAUGGAUCAAAUUAUCAAGGAUGCUGUUGAGUGCCUAAAGAGCAAGGGAUUUAUUUCGUAAAUGCAGCUGUCAUGGACAUGAAAACUCAUCAGGGGCCAAACUACCUUGUAGAAGUGGUGAGGACAUGUAACUUAGCUAAAUGAUAGUCACGGAUUGUGGUCAUAUUAUGUACCAGCUAUGUUUCCAGCAAUCUGUAUGUGCAAUCUGUAUGUGAAUAAAAGUUUACAUGUAGAGAGAGAGAGAGUGUGUACUCUAAGUUAGAGGAUGAACUUGAGUUCGAAAGAAACGAAGUUUGCUUGUCUCCCUUAUG